AGUUUAUAGUUUCCGUUCGUCAGUAUAGGUACUAUUAUAAGUACCACGUAAGGAGGCGGUUAUAACGUGUUUACUUACCAGUAGGUAUUGUAUAGUGUAGACGCUACUUUGUAAAAAUUAUUUUUUAGUAUAUUUAAGUAAGAUUUUGAGAAAACGUAAUCAAUUAUACCUACAUAAUUAAAUAUUUAAUUGCUGUCCGUCGCGUAGCGAAGGGAGGUGUUUUGGUGUUCAAAAUAAUUUGUAUUACCUAUACCCGUGCAGUGUUAUAUAGCGGCUAAAUCAGAUUUCUUCAAUAUGUGUUGUGUUACGCAUAGAUAAUUUGUAAGUAUAAUGUUAUGUGUAUUAUAUGCCAUAUUCGCAUAAUAAAGUUACAUCUAAACACAAAAUAAAAUCCCCACCCCCCCAAAAAAAAUCCCAGCUACGACAUUGAAUGUUGUUAAAUUUUAGUGCAUCGUCAAUACAAUUUUUUAUAAAUCGUCUUAUUAUGUAUUUAUUUAUUUUGCAUAAUAUGACCAUAUCGGUUUAUAAUACUAAUUAUAAUGGUAAAGGACUUGUAGCUCAAAAAAGUCACCUAAAUAUGUACAUAUUCAAAAUAAGCAUUUAUAUGCAAAAUAAAAUAACACGAUAAACCAUAUGCAUUAAAAAUAUAUAAUUUUUAAAUUAAUUUAAAUGAUGCCUUGAAUUGAACAAGGGGCUGAACAUUAAUUGAAUUAAUUAAACAUUUUUUCACGGGGUUCAAAACCUAUAGGUACCUAUAGGAUAUUGAAAUAAAUUUGAAAUCUGCAUAUUAAUCACGAAAUCAGUAGGUAGGUAAUUUCCAAAGGUAACCUACUUACCUAUCUAACUCUAUUUUUCAAUCAUCACAUAUUUAAAUGUAUAGAUAAUACAACUAAAAAAAGUAGGUAGGUACUUAAAAUUUAUUUUAUAUUAAACUAAAAUAUGUAGGUAAAUUGAAUAAUGACGCCCCUGCAUGAAACUCAAAUAAUUUUUUCAAGGGUAAUUUCAGAUUGAUAAUUUGUAUCUUUACGUUUUUCGGUUAAUUACUUUGUCAAUAUUGAUUUUCUCCUUAUCAACUAUAAUAGAUGCAUUCAGUCAAAUUAGAAGUUUCACUUUGGAAUAAGAGAUAAUGACCCGGAAAAUCAUAUGCACCUUCAUUUUGGCGUUUUAAAAAUUGUCUCAAAUCUCACAAAAUCUCCUGUCUGCGUCGUAAGUUAUUCAAGGUCAAAGGUCACAAAAAUCGGAUUUUCACGAUUAUCUCGGUUUCUAUAGCUUCAAUGAUGUUAAUAUUUAUUACACAAAUUGUAGUACGUAAAAUGUUCGAUAAAUUUUAUUUUAAAUAUUUUUUCAUGCGCUCAACCGUUUCUGAGAUACAGAACAGAGAGCGCGCAGCUCUCAGCCAUAACUACUGUAAUUAAUGGUGUUAUUCGUUUCUUGUGCUAGUUAUUAUCUACUGAUGGUUUAUUUUCGUGUCAUUUUUCGCUCAGUGACAAUUCAAAGUGUACAAAAAUAAAAUAUGUACAUAGGUACAGAUUGCAUUAUUCACUUGAAACUGCGCUGCUCGCAAACUGGAAUUUUUCUUCCGUGAAAUGAGAUUCGGUGGUAUGCACAAAUAAAAUAAAAACAUAGGCCUGUUAAAAAGAAAAAUGUCUUCUUUUUUUUUUUGGUCCAGCCUACUAAGUAUACAGCGUAUAGACCAAACAGGUAGAUAUUUAUUAUAAAUAUUUAUGUAUAUGUAUGUUGGGUGAUAUUAUCAAGUAUUAUUUGGAAAAUUAUAAUAUUAGGUAUUUAGGUCGGACGAAUUUAUAAAAGAAUAUACAAGUAUCUGCUGUAAGUAUCUAACCCAUUAAAUCAGUUCGUAAGAAAUUGAACUUGUAUAAUAUUCCGUAUAUCAUUAUAAUAUACGUAUAGGUAUUGUAUAUAUAAAUCGAACAUAUUGUGUUUUUACCCGAGUAAAUAAAUUCAAACGGACACGGCGUACAGAAUGAAUAAUAUAUCUGGCGUGUCAAUGUUCAACAUUCAGUGUUAUCACUUUGCGGAACAUUUUUAAUAUUUUAUUGUUAAACCUAACACUACGUGACGAGAAGUGUUUUAAACUGUUAAACGGACACCAACUCACUGUCGACGACCGAUUAAUGUAUUCAAUGUUUGUGGUUUUUAAAAACGGAGUAAAAACGUAUUGUACCUAUAGGAAAAUUUUUGUUUCCGCGUACGAAAACGUUUUCGGUUUUUUCCGUUUAACGUAACCCCGCGUACAAAAACGUUUUCGACAAUUUUCUCGCCGUGAACAUAUGUAGCGUUUUAGUACAUAAUAUCAAGCCAAUUGAUUUGACUUUUUACACCGAAAUUUCUGGGCGUUUUGUAAAAUUGUUACCAUUUUAAUUUUAAUUUGGUUAUAGCGUCUUUAUAAAUGAUAGAUAUAACUUUUAAUUAUUUACGACAUAGAUAAUUGAAUUCAAUAUUAUUACAAAAUGCAUUUACUAUUACAUAUUUUAAGACAUCUAACUACAUUCUGUAAUAGUUGUCUGUAAUGUAAAUUGAUAUUAUAUUACUAUUAAAUGAUUAUAAGUUACAGAGUAUACAUUGAGGGGAGGCGAAGCAGUCUCACACGUGAAUAACUUUCGUGUUUUACACACGCACAUGAAAUAAUAUUAAGGGAGUAAAAGCGUGUAGGAAAAUUUUAUUUUUCGUAUACGAAAAAGUUUUCAUAUAAGUUUUCAUAUAGUUUUCCGUAUAGCGUUUCCGUGUCUGAAAACGUUUUCAGUUUUUCGUGUUACGAUUUUCGAAAACGUUUUUACUCCCUGGUUUAAAAUAUAGGAAGUUAUACCUAUUUGGUAAUUGUUAUUAUCAUCACUUAUUUUAGCUUUUAUAAUACGUAUCUGUGACAGUGGCGGUCAAAUGAUUUUGUCACGGGAGGAAUGGCAUGUAUCAUUUUUAAGAAUUAUAUUAUUUGCAUCAUUUUUGUGUAACUAUAAAUAUAGAUUAUUAUAAAUAUUUCAGAAAAAUGAAUUAAUCCCCCUAAACAAUCGUUGUUGUAAUCGUUUUACCAUAACAUGACAUAAUAUUAGGUAUGUAUAUAUUGUUGAUAAAACAACACUAUCAACUGAACUCUAUUCAGAAUCAUUUUGUCGUUGACAAUGGUACAUCAUUGUUUACAGAUGUACAUCAAAUUCCCGUCUAUAUGUUACUUUCCCAACUCCCCACCUACAACAGUGGCUGUAGCCACGUGUAAAAUAUGUCGGUCUUCUUUUUUCCAUAAUAUUAUUACAUAGUUUCUUAAAUUACCUAUUAAUAUUUACAUCUGAAGGUUUCACCAGUUUGCCUUAUAUAGGCGUUACAUUUCAUACUAUAGUUGAACGUAUAGAAUACAGAGCCUUGUAAUUAUACCAUAUACCUACUUAAUCUUGCAUAUAUUUCGAGAAUCUUAAAAACGUACUUUGUAAUAAAUUUACAGAACAAAAAGGUAAGCCACGGCCGGAUGGUUAUAAUUAUUAUUACCUACCCAAGUGAAUGUUGGUCAGUGGAUUAAAUUAAUGCAUCCGUGAGGUCCGUCCCAAAUGUAUAAACUGAAUUUAAAAAUAUUACAUCACUAGUUCCGUUCAUAUGUAUUCAGUGAUAUACCUACCAGUUCCGUCCUUUUUAUAUUUCACAUGAUUUAUAAAAUAUUUACAUUUUGUGAGUUUUCAUUUUAGUGUAUAGGUACUGUGUUGUAUUUUGGUCUCAGGAAAAAAGGGCUUUAACUAUCUGAAAUUGCCGCGGACUUAUCCUUUUCGUGACCUAAUAAAUUUUAAAUCCUUGUGAGUUGUGUACUGAUUAUCCUUAUCAUAAUUUGUUUCAUGUCUAGGUAAUAAUCUAUUCUUAAUCUACCUCUUCUGAAAUGGCCUUCUGUGUUCUUUUUUCGAACAUUAUUCGUUAAACUAUCGUGACGCAGUAAUUAUAAUAUCUUACCUCUACAAUUUUGUCUGUUCUGACUGUAAUAUUUCACCAAAGUUCUCAUUUUCCUUUAUCCUGUCCUGACCAUUUUUGACAUUAUCCGACGUUUCAAAAGUCUCUAUAUUGUUUUUUUCCUGUAUUACAUAUUAUGUAUUAUAAUGUAGGUAUGUUAUAUUUUACGAUCUAACCGGUCUUGGUUCAAAGUUGAAUUGGAAUUUUUUAUUUACUUUUUUUUCACGAUAAUAGAGUGUUCAGCAUGUUUGAAAAUUAUUUUUUUUGUUUUUAAAAUAUCGCGGUCACCGCGUUCGCCAUUGAGUUGUUGGUUUAAUUUAAAAAAAAAAACGAAUCGAUUAUAAUAAAUUAUACGAUAUUGUAAAUCUCUGAUAAAAACAUUAUUGCGUAUGAUGGACUGUGAUAUUAUACUGGACCGCGGCCUGUACACCUGACCCAGUUGUCGGGUCGUGGUUUCGCGUAUUAAUUCAGUGCGAUAUCAGCUAAUAAACUAUAAAAUCAGCUGUGAUUAUUAUAAUAAUAUAUGAUUGAUCCAUGUGGUUACGUACGUUCUAUGUAGACGUACGUUUUAGAGCGCACGUAAAAUACGAUUCUUCACAAACCGGUUGAUUUAGUUUAUGGUUGAUGUCGACUAAUUUUACACGUGCAAAGUGCUUGUAGAUAAUAAUCUUUUCGGAUGUUUCGAUACAAAAAUAAGGCGAAUUAAUUAUCUACAUAAUUAUAUUGUUUUUAUUUAACAUGCAAACCGAUUCGACAAAAUACCUAUGUACCCGUUAUUGUUUACAUACCUACCUACAAAGUGUUCCCGGUCAUCAUGUCGCGAGCUAACAGGUAACGAAAACAACAACAACUUUAUAGUUGAAAUAUGCACCUACACGGAAAUUAAUUUUUAUUUCAAAACAUAGCACCAUCAUUCACAAAUUGACCGGUUAAUAAUGAUGCAAAUGUGUAAGCGAUGUAAACCGAAAAGAAAUAAUAUAGCGUUAGCCAAAAUAGGUUACUAUAUUAUUAUUGUUAUGAUUAUAAUAUGGUUAUUAACUGUCACACAUUGUUCGUAUGGUAAUAUGAAAUAUAUUUCACAUUAUGAAAACGUAUUUUACGGACUGUAUUACCUAAACUUAAUAAUUUAUUUAUCGUUGGCGUGAGAAUCAAUACUUUACAUGUAUUGGGUAUACAUAGCCACAUAGGGUCCACUAGCGGAUUUUCAACAUUUUUCUGGGAGGGCUCCUGAAAAUUCAUAUGUACCUAUUUUGAUAAUUUCAAGGUGUUGGAUAUAUUAUUAUUUGUUGAAACUGCCUCCUAGCAAAGUACGAUAGGCCUAGGAUGAAAUAAAAUUUGUCGACAUUUCUAUAGGUACAUAUAUAUAUAUAUAUAUAUAGAUUUUUUUUUUUAUUAGAUUGCGUAAAAAUGUGCUUUAGCUUAAAAAUUAUGUACAUUAUGUAGGACCCAAAACUUUUUUUCAGAUACAUGUAUGAUCACAAUGGACUAAACGAGACAUCACGCAGUCUUUUGUUCGUAUUCUCGAUUCUCGAUAAAGGACAAGCAUACUUUUAAAUUAUGGCACCGAGAACAAGCAGCUGGCCCGUAUGGAGUAAUAUAUCGAGUACGGACAACAAUAUCAAAUCGGCGGACGACUGGAUUGAGGCGCACCGCAUGGAAGAUGGGGCAGAAACAUUAUGGAGAGUUCACGAUGAGUUGUACGAUUUAGAGCCAUGGAUAAAAAAGCAUCCCGGUGGACCACAAUGGUUGGAAAUAACAAAAGUAUGUGCAUACAUGCCUACACACACAACUAUUAUAGGAAAUUAUAUUAUAGACACAUAUGUAUAAUACCUACGAUUUUUUACACAAUAAAACGAUUAUUUUUGAAUUAAAAUUCCGGUAUCUGCAAACAAUGUCGAGCUGAUAAACAGGCUGAUGUAGAGUCAAGUUUGUACUUACUAUUUACUAUAAUGACUAUUUUACAAUAAUUACCAAAAUCACACAAUAUUAAUGUACUUAUAACUUUAUUCUCUACUCGUAUGAUCAAUAAGUUAAUUUUAGGUGAUAAUCUAAAAUUCCGUGCGAUUAUUUAACAUAUUACCGCAAAUAUCAUUUUGAAUAACUCCGAUAGACGCGUAGGUAUAUCUUUUUAAAAUUAAAAUCGUUCUCAUUUUAAUUUGAUCAUUUUACAUAUGUACAGGGUACCGAUAUCACGGAAUUAUUUGUAACGUACCAUUUAAAUACCAAAAUGGUAACGGACGUGAUACGUAAAUUUUAUGUACGCCAGGCAGUUACACCGAGGAAAUCGCCUUUCACGUUUAAACCGGACGGAUUUUACAACGUAUUGAAAUCCAGAGCCGCCAAACAGUUAUCUCUCGUCAAACCCGAUAACUACACCAUUAAGUCUAUGCUAGUUGUCGAUACUUACAUCCUCGUGACACUAGCCCUCUGCAUAGGAGUUUCUCUGACACAAAAUAUUUUACACACCCUUAUAUUGGCUGUAUUGACCGGCGCUGUGUUGGGACUCGGGACCGUGGCCAGUCAUAAUUUCACUCAUCUUAAAGACAACUGGAGGAUGUAUUACGUGCAAUUGAGCAUGAUAUCUGUUCGGUGAGUGCAGUUUUACUCGUAUUGUUAUAAAUCUAAACAUUUCUUAGAACAAAUUGUCAUUGUUUGUUGUUACGUAUCUAUAUAGGGAAUGGAGAAUAUCGCAUGUAUUUAGUCACCAUAUCUUCACGAAUACAGUACAAGACUUGGAAAUGACACUGCUAUAUCCGUUCAUCCACUGGUUUCCGACGGAUGACAAACCGUUCACAGUCCGCUUAUUCCCCUUUCUCACGCCCGUCAUUUAUCCUUUCAUAAUACCCGGGCAAUUAGCUAUUAGGUAUACAUUUUAUAUAUGUCAAUAUACGACAAAUCCAAAAUAAUGGUGUUUAAUUGCAAAAUGUUAUUAUUAUGUACCAAAUUACCGAUGUUACAGAACUUUUAAGGGCAAAAAUGAUAUAGCUGAUCUUUUAAUAUUCGUUAUACCAGCUCUGUUGAUGUUAUUCGGGCAGUUGACCGUUAUUUCUGCCCUUAUCGCGUGGCUUUUUAUAGUGAUGACGAGUAGUUUUAUGUUUACUUUCGUUGGAUUCAGCGCUCCGCAUCAUUUUCCCGAUAAUUUCCACGACGGAGACAAUGUCAAGUAAAACAGUUUGAAAUAAUAUUAUAAUACGCCUACCUACAUGCGUUUACAUUUUAAUUGAUUAUUUCAUUCAAUUCAUAUUUAAUUGAUUAAUAAUUAUUAAUAAUAAUUCAAAUUGCAUGUAAUUUUAAAUAUAAAUAUUUAUAGUAAAUUAACCAUUUUAAAUCGUACAUUUAUUCUACCAAGUACACAAUUAUUAUCGUUAGUAAAACUAAUUGUGUUUUUAAAGGGCAUAACGAAAGUUAUAAUCACAUUUUUAAUUCAAUUUUUAUUUUAAAGAUAAUGCUUAUUAGGUAGUGUGUUCACAUUUCAAAAUAAUAUUUUAUUAUGUGUCAUAAAUGCAUAAUCUUUAAAUAAUAAUAUUUUUAUUAUUAUAUAUAUUUUUUUUCUCUGAUUUAGUGGUGAACACAUGGAUUGGGGACUUCAUCAAACGUACACCAGUGUAGAACGGAACGAACCGAUUGAUAAUAUAUUUUUAACGAUGGCCACGUUCGGGGACCAUACACUACAUCAUUUAUUUCCUGCUUUAGACCAUAGUUUAAUACCGCUCUUACAAGACACAUUCGAAGACACGUGUAAAGAAUUCGGACUGGAUUUGACACAAAAAUCUGCGGUGACGAUUGCGCGCGGACAAUUCAAACAAUUAGUUCGCCUCACUCCGAACGAUCCGAAAAGAAUACCAUAAUACUAUUAAUUAAUAUUUUCGAAACCUUAAUGGAUCGAUACAUUUCCUAUUGAAUAUCAGAAAAAUUACGGAUACACAAAUUUUUUUUGAAAAAUGUGGCUAUCCCUAUAAUUGGGCUAUUGCGCCAAAAAACGCCUGUAGGCUGUAAUUAUGUACAUAAAUAUUGAUGAAUAACAGCUAGUACAGGCGUAUAAUACACAAUUGAACCAUAGAUUUUAUAAUAUUCCAUGGAAAAUCAAAACAUAUUAUAUUAUAUACAUUUUUUUUUUAUCGUGGAACACGAUUAUCGUUUCCUAACAUACAUUUUUUUUAUUGUUUUAUAAAAUCCAACUUUUUGUUUUGAAAUACCUAGUAAAUUUUACACUUUUUUAUGUAUAAACAUUUUAUUGGCCAUUUUCGUCGGAAUAUUGUUCUUACUUUAAGACGAUAAUGCAUGCAUGAUACCACGUUAAUUUUUUGCUCAAUAGGUACCUACCUAUUUACAGGACAUUAUAAAUGCAUAACUAGCUAAUGGAAAUAUAAUUUAUAAAUGGUUAUUUAUAAAUUAUAAUUAUAAGGAAUAUUAUUAUUGUUUACAUUUUCUGUUUUAGAACCUAUCUUUCAUCAAAAUUAUAUUAUAUAGUGAAGUACAGUAACUAUACAAAUAUUUUUAGAUUUGAUACCUCUUUAAAUUAUAUGAGAAUUAUUAUCCCUACAUAAUAGUAGUAAUAGGUGUGAUUAUUUAAUACGAUAUUUUGAUGCAAUUGCAUAUUCAUUCUGUUAUAAUGAAUAUCAUGUUGUCAGAAUGAUUAUCAUCAAAAUCACAUUAUUUUAAUUUGCAAGAAAGACGUAGGGAAUUUAUUGUUUUAAAAAUAGAAAUUUUAUGUGUAUCGUAGGAAGAAGGUACAAUUGUUAAUACUUAUAAUGUAAAAAAAAAUAUACAUGUAUGUUAGUAAAAUUAAUGGCUUCUUUAUACUGAUACAUAGAAUUUUUUUUUUAAGCUACAAACGUAUUGGCAAGGUUGAGCAGCUAGGUGUUGUUAUUAAGUACUAUCUGUUUUUUUGAUCUUACGGACGUUAAUGAUAAUAUUAUAAUAUCAACACCUAAA